AUGUAUGUCGGCUUAGCUGAAACUAGAGCAGUGAACACCUACCUCUUCAUGAUGCAAGCCCAAGGCAUCAUGAUCCGGGAGAACAUGAGGACGAUAGGAGCUCAGGUCUACGAGCAGGUGGUCCGCAGUGCCUAUGCCAAGAGGAACAGCAGUGUGAAUGACUCAGUGAACACCUACCUCUUCAUGAUGCAAGCCCAAGGCAUCAUGAUCCGGGAGAACAUGAGGACGAUAGGAGCUCAGGUCUACGAGCAGGUGGUCCGCAGUGCCUAUGCCAAGAGGAACAGCAGUGUGAAUGACUCAGAUUAUCCUCUUGAUUUGAAUCACAACGAAACCUUUCUGCAAGCCACAACUUUUCUUCCUGAAGACUUUACCUACUUCCCAAACCAUACAUGUCCUGAGAGGCUCCCUUCUAUGAAGGGCCCCAUUGAUGUAAAUAUGAGCGAGAUCACCAUGGAAGAUAUCCACCAGUUCUUCUCCAAAGACCCCUCUAUCAAGCUGGGAGGCCACUGGAAGCCGAGCGACUGCCUGCCGCGCUGGAAGGUGGCCAUCCUAAUUCCAUUCCGCAACCGCUACGAGCACCUUCCCGUCCUCUUCAGACACCUGAUUCCAAUGCUGCAGCGGCAACGUUUACAAUUCGCUUUUUACGUCGUUGAGCAGGCUGGUAACCAACCCUUUAACCGUGCCAUGCUCUUCAACGUUGGCUUUCGGGAAGCAAUGAAGGACCUGGACUGGGAUUGUCUCAUCUUUCACGAUGUGGACCACAUACCAGAAAACGACCGUAACUAUUACGGAUGUGGACAGAUGCCAAGACACUUUGCAGCCAAGCUGGAUAAGUACAUGUAUCUGCUCCCGUACAAUGAGUUCUUUGGUGGAGUGAGCGGCCUGACCGUAGAGCAAUUCCAGAAGAUCAAUGGCUUCCCCAACGCGUUCUGGGGCUGGGGCGGAGAGGACGAUGACCUCUGGAACAGAGUGCAGUAUGCAGGCUAUACAGUGACUCGACCAGAAGGAGACACAGGGAAAUACAAAUCGAUUCCUCACCAUCAUCGGGGUGAAGUGCAGUUCCUAGGAAGGUACGCCUUGCUGAGGAAGUCGAAAGAAAGGCAAGCCCUAGACGGCCUCAAUAACUUGAACUACUUUCCAAACGUCACGUAUGACGCGUUGUAUAAGAACAUCACUGUUAACCUGACACCGGAGCUGGCUCUGGUGAGUGAAUAUUAAGAGGAGAAAAUAACUUUGCUCUGCCCUUCACCAAGAAAGCACCGUGUUAGACUUUCUUUUUUAAGGGUUAUCAAGGACAAGAAAUACUUUGGCUAAUGAAGGAUCACAGUAUUUUGGAGAAUAAGGCUGAAAGUGCACGCACAAAUUGUCCUUGCUGUACCAAUCCAACCCGAUCCUCGUGCAGCGAGCUCAGCAGUCUUUUUCCUUUUCCGCCACUCGCUUUCCGGGUUUCAGGACAACGAUUUGAACUGCUGCUCUCGUCUCACAUUCCACCUCCAGCAUCUCCAGCGCCGGGGCUCGACGCAGACCCGCGUCCCUCCCCGCGAGCCGGCUCGGCCGAGUGACUCUGGCUUCCCGACUCGGAUGGUCGGAAGCAAUUCAGUCAGCAGCUGCCCCAGUUGGGAGAUCAAACAAGACUUCUGAUACCGUUCUACGUUCGUGCGGUUUUUUAAAUGACCUGCUUGAAGUAUAUACAACAGAAUCGCUUCUUAAAGAAGUGUAA